GUGAACGCCGACGCGAAGGAAAUCGACGAUUCGCAAGUGCGCGUUACGAGAUUAAAAUAAAAAAAUGUUGUCGCGGGACUUGUUGACUUUCGCGACUAUGGUGUCAAGUCUAACUGUGGUCGUUGGUGCUUCCGUGGAUCUCGAUUCAGGGGACUACGAGGUGCUCCCCGAUAACGAGGGAAAAUCCGAUGACAACGAUUCGCCGCACAUCCGAGAAGUGAGGUGUUACUGCAAUCAACCAGAAUGCGUACCUCAAGGAUACAUGUGCCGCGGCAAAGGCUGUUUUACAGAAUUACCAUCCAAUGCAAAUCCAUCAUUAUUAAGAGCAGAGCAUAACGCUUACAGUGGUUGUCUAGAUGAAAACUUCAAAGAACGGCAAUGUCCCACGGGAUAUCUUUGUUGCGAGCAAGAUCUUUGCAAUCACGUAGAUAGUCCAGCCAUGAGAAACAGGCUCAACAAGACUCUUCAAGUGUUGGUGGGUGAUCAGCGACCUUUUCUCGGCCCGGUUCAACCGAUCAAUCAUGGAGGUCAGUCAACAGAUGGAUGGUUCAAGACUGCCACAAUCGCUGUACCGAUUUGCGGUCUAAUCGUCCUACUGAUACUGGCCAGUCUUGCCAUUAGAUUACUUCAGCCUGUGCCGACGCAAAGCGACAAACUUGGACCACAUCGGAUGCCCGAUAAUGGACCGCCAUUAUUAGGCCCACCAAAAGUGCCUCUUGUUUAAUUAAUCUUGCAAUCCCAAAGACGUUCGAUAAAGCGGAUAGACAUUAGUAAGACUAAUUAGAAAGCUAGCGGGCUUAUAUAGCUCCACUUGGCUGUGAAUUUUGUGAAAAAGAAGCGACUGCUAUAAAUUAUAACAUUGCGUGUUGUGCAUCGAUAGUUGCAAUUCCUCGAAACGACGAUGAUCGUCACAAGAUUGAAGAGUGAGAAAAGGCCAAUGAGAUAGGACCUUUGUACAUGACGUUAAUUAAAAGAAAAAGAAA